AUGAGCGCCACUCCAAGUCACACUCUUCCCCAGGCACCAGUAACAACAACAACCGCAACAGGAGCAGUAACAGCAGGAGGGAGCAAUGCUAUCAGCACAUCACCCAUUCCGCACAUUCGAAUUGUACCGCACCUUGAUGCACCGCGGUCACUCCACUUUGAGGUCGUCGACAAGGAUGUGCCCGAGGGGUUCGUGCUCAAGAUUGGUCGCUUCACAGAUAAGCAAUCCCUUCCCAACAGGGUUACCUUCAAGUCCAAGGUCGUUUCUCGUGGACAUGCAGAGAUCUUCACAGAGCAGGGGAAGUUUUAUAUCCGGGAUACAAAGUCAUCGUCUGGAACGUUUCUAAACCAUGCUCGACUUUCUCCGCCUGGCGUGGAGUCGAAGCCGACGCAGCUCAAGGAUGGAGAUGUAGUCCAGUUAGGCGUGGAUUACCAAGGAGGCACACAAGAGAUCUACCGCUGUGUCAAGAUGCGUCUUGAACUGAAUCGAUCGUGGCAACAGCAAGCAAAUCCAUUUAGAAUGAAUACAUUGAAGGCCAUUCGAUCGCUGACGACGGCCAACGCUGCGAGCUCGACAGACUGCUGCAUCUGCUUGUUCAGGAUCGCAUCGUUCCAGUCACUUUUUGUGGCGCCUUGCUCGCACGUCUACCAUUACAAAUGUAUCCGCCCAUUGCUGAUGGCCAACCACCCCGGCUUCCUGUGCCCGCUUUGCCGGACGUUCGCGGAUCUCGAGGACACCGUCGAGAUCGAUGAUCCGGUCGAGGAGGAAAUACCUGCAGAAGGUAGUUGUUGA